AUGUCUGCAGUGACUCGACAGUACAAGGCGGCCGCCGUCCAGGCUGAACCUGGCUGGUUUAACCUCGAAAAGUCCGUUCAGAAGACUGUUGGUCUAAUCGAGGAGGCUGGGGAGAAGGACUGCAAGCUCAUUGCCUUCCCUGAGCUAUGGAUUCCAGGAUAUCCUUACUUCCAGUGGCGGGUUAACUAUCAGGACUCCCUGCCACUUCUCAAGGAAUAUCAUCAAAACAGCUUGCGACCUGAUUCCACGGAGAUGCAGCGUAUCCGGGCCGCUGCGAAAGCUGCCCAGAUUUUCGUAUCGCUGGGCUACUCGGAGCUCGACGGCCAUACUUUGUAUACUACGCAGAUCAUCAUUGACCCGACGGGCGCCGUCAUCAACCAUCGUCGCAAAAUCAAGCCGACACACGUAGAGAAGCUUGUCUUCGGGGAAGGCACCGGCGAUUCGCUGAACACCGUGGUUGACACGGAGAUUGGCAGGCUGGGCCAUCUGAACUGCUGGGAAAACAUGAACCCAUUCCUGAAGGCUCUCGGCUGCGCCCAGCAUGAAGAGAUUCAUGUUGCAGCAUGGCCAGCCUACCCCCCGGCCUCAUCCCUCAAGUACCCCGACCCUUAUACCAACAUCUCAGAGAUGCAGUCAGAGUUCGUGACACCCGCCUACGCCUAUGAGACAGGCACAUGGACAUUGGCGCCGACGCAAGUCGUCACUCGCGAGGGCGCACGACUCAACCUCCCGAAACGUCUGCAGGACGACGAAAAGGCUGUCGAUGCUGAAUUUGAAGUCAUCGGCAACGGCUUCACUCGGAUCUAUCGACCUGACGGAUUCCGUGCUGUGGAAGACCCACCCAAGACCUUUGAGGGCCUCGUUGUGGCUGAUGUCGACCUUGACGAAAACCUGCUUACAAAGCGUCUUGCUGAUUUCGGGGGACACUAUAUGCGCCCAGAUCUAAUCCGAUUGCUCGUUGACAAAUCACCCAAGACUCUUAUUGUCGAUGCUAAUACAACCGAACCGAAGGAGUACACUAGCACUUUGGAGAGGCUGGGUCUUGGUAAACCACUCCCUGCAAACGAGGAGUAA